GGUCUCUAACUUGUCAUUCCUCAAACGACCUUAAAAACAAGGGACGACGUUCACUUUUUUUAUGCAGGGAAAACGAAACUUUGUCAGCAUGAUCGAUCUGGGGAUUCCCUCCUUUUUUUUUUUUGGAGGGUUAGGGGGUGGAUGGGAGGUGGAGUGGUGGGUUCUCCCUGUGUGUGUUUUACGUCCAUUAGUUCGUCCUUUUGGGGCUUCUUUUAUCCCUGCUAUAGCCCCUGGCAGCACGGCCACAACGGCUGCUGUUACAGGAUCACGAGCCUUCCGCUGUCGUGAUGUGGGUGUCGUGUGGCUCGUCGUGCAGGCGCAGAUGAGGUGGUACGGAGUCAGGUUGUGCGGUGUAGCAUCCAGAUCGUGUGCCGGCGGUGAUGGUGGAGUGGUUGUGUGAUGUGGCGUUCAGAGGCCAGCACUCCAUGUGAUAUUGGAGUCGCCAUCGCGAAUGUCAGCUUCUGCGCUGUUUGAGGGGUUGGCUUAGUUUGUUUACAGGUUUUGUAGUCUGCUUAUUCCUCCUUGGCCAUUGUGUUGCUAAAUAUAAUAGCGAGUGUAUAGGAGUAAGAAGUAUGUUAACAUACAUAAGAUUUUUAAAGUAAAAUUUAGUGUAAAAUUUAAUUUUAAAAUCAUAGACUCUGAAGACUAUUUGAGAAUAAAAGCAAUAAUGUUAAAAACAAGAAUAUUAAGGAAGAUAUAAAGAAAGGAUCUUUUCUUAUUUGUGUGUUUGUCUGAGUAUAUAUGUUCUCCUCAUCCCUUAUUCCUGUAAAAUCUGUCUUUCCUUCCUUCCUGUAGCCUUGAUCCGUUAGUCGCAGAUGAAGACCUUGAAAGUGUUUAGUUGACGUGGAGACCCUAAAAGAUUCCUCGGGGACAGCUCAUCCACAUGACACCUUAUCUCUCCUCCGUUGCACGUGCAGGCCUGAGAGCAAAUAGUUCUGUCAAUUUACGGCCUAUGUUUGGGCUGUCAUGUCAUGUCAUGGGGCGACAGGCAUGCAGACCGUAUGAACGCAGUCCAGCCCGGAAGUAAGGGGCGACCAGCGCGAUGCUCAGUAGCAAACGCGAUUAACGCAGAUGGGUGGGUGGAUGUUCGUGGAGCGAAGCCCAACACUUUAGAUUCAUUAACCAUCAAUCACCUAGAGUGAGCUGCAUUGAAUUUAGUUUGCUUACCAAGACAGUUUUGUGUUUAUUAAAUUAUUGCCACCGCCCACUCAAUAAAGAUUCUGAGGGGCAAGAAUAUCUGGACCAACGCUUGAGACAUGGUUCUUCACAAAGUACAAAAGCGGUAUAAGGACCGAGAGGGAGGGAGAGAAAUGACAAAACCUUUAUUUACAAGGGUAACAACAGAAUAAGAAAAAAUAGGGUAUUUUUUUUACAUUGGUCUAAAGAAAGUAAACACUACGACAAAACAAAGGUAUUAAUCAAAGAAGACAUGGGGUUUGGGCACACUGACUUGCAAAUCUUAAAUAUCAUUAAUAUGAUUAUAAAGUUAUUUUUAUAAAAUUAUUUUAUAAAGUUACAUAAUUUCUUGUGAUUGCGAUAACCGGAUGAGUAAUUUUUCAGUGAGUUUGGUUUCUUGUUAAGUGUUGCUUUGUCGUUUAAUGGGUACACUCCCGCAACUCCUGUUUUUCGUAAUGUGCGAAUGCGAGGUCUUUCGCUGUCACCAUCGAGCUUGUCCUCCUUCACCCAACCACCCCCACAACCCAAGCAUCUUCCUACGCCACUAAGGUGGUCGGGGAGACUGAAACUUCAUUUAUAAAAAGAAAAGAUAACCCAAGCUUCAUCUUGAAAAUAAAACAAAUCAAGUUCCGGUUAAUGUAAUCAUGUUUCCGUAGUUAGUGCUUAGGUUUGAAAAUCCCUAACAUUUUAUUGGUGAGAAACCCUGUUUCGUGGUAGUGUGGCGCUGUGAGAACAGGAUUUAGAGACAUGGUGUAGAUGUCAUGAUAAGUUUCCGCAGGACGGGUGAGUGCAACAAGAUUUCGAAGAUCAAAUAGCACUAGUCCACCGGCAAGAUCAAGAAGCCUUUCAAUACUGGUGGAUCAAAUAAAACAAGAAAUAGGCCAGAAAAUUGAACCAACGCAGUGAAAAGCUGGGCGAGUACCUGCUGUGUGCUAAGCUGCAUGGGAACACACGUCAUUCGUCUUUUUACCUCUCCCAGACCUCUCGUUUCAGCUAGAUGCCGAUGAUGAUUACGAUAUAUAUAUAUUUACUUCGCCUUUGAUGUAAUUGAAGUACACAGAGAAAGGCACUGACUGUCAUAGCUAUCACAUUGAAAGAAAAGUUCUCUCUGAGUCAAGAUCCGAACCCACGACAUCCGAUUCUUACUGUUGUGAUAGGCGCUUUAACCACCGAACCUGCCCAUCUCGCCUUUCUCUCAUUUUCUCUCACGUGUGUGUGUGUGAGUAUAUAUCUGCAUAUGAACUUGAACAUGCUUUUUUAAGAUGUUGACCCUGAGGGAAGCAGCCGUAUUCGCCAAGAUUGUACCAGAGACCUUGCUAGACCGGAUGCACUCUUGUGACAACUGCACCAGACUUGAGGCCGAAUGCAUAUUACGAGAGAAGAAUAAAGCACCUGGGCUUUUGUGGUGGUGUCCUGUCUGACGUAAAUCACUUUGUGCUUAAGGCCGGCGUAGAGCAGUUGUUUGUGUGUCUAUUGAUUAAUCGCAACUGUGCCGCAAGGUGUUGCACGUUGCGUCUCCGACACCACAGGCGGAACGGCGCAGUCAAUGGCAAGACAGUGUUUGGGGAUCUUGCUUUUCCUCCACCUUUCUCUUGAAUGGUCUUUGCUGGUGGCGCGCCUUGCCUGUUGGACUUGUGGGCGUGUACAAUGCAGUUCGAUUCGAAUGAUUCGUGCGAUGCGAAGAUCAAGAAGGAACAGAAGCGGCGCCCCAAGCCACGUGACGGCUCCCAGCUGUUCUGCAGGGUGUGCGGCGACAAGGCCCUGGGCUACAACUUCGACGCCGUCACCUGCGAGUCCUGCAAGGCCUUCUUCCGGCGAAAUGCCAACAAAGCCAAGAGUUUCACUUGCUGUUUUGAUGGAAACUGUAAACUUGACCCUCACACUCGGAAAUUUUGCUCAGGAUGUCGUCUCAAAAAAUGUUUCACAAUUGGUAUGAAGAAAGACUGGAUUCUGAAUGAUGAACAGCUUGCCAAACGGCGGCAGAGAUUGCGGGCAAGGACAGCCACCUGCAGCAGCAGUUCCUGUGAACAGGAGUCUCCUAGCAGUACUGGCGAAAUCAGCUCCCAGGGUUCACACAUAUCAGAAGAGACAUACAGUCCUCCUCCUGCCCCUGCCUUAUCUGGCUCACCUGAACUCCCAGUCAAGGAAGAACCACCUGAUGAAGAGAACUACACAAUACCACUGAGGGACGACAUCCGUGAAAAUCUCACCCAGAUGCAGAAGACUUAUGAUGAGAUUUUUGAGGCCACCUACUCACCUGAGCAAGUGGGAACUGUCAUAAAGGAAAACCCAUCAUCCUCCACAGAUCUCUUCAACAUGACAGACAUCUUUAUACGCCGUCUGAUCAAGUUUGCAAAAUGCAUUCCAGAGUUCAAAUCUCUGAAGCAAGAAGACCAGAUUCACUUACUGAAGGGUGGAAUUAUGGAGAUGUUUGUCCUGCGCUCUGCAAUGGCCUUUGAUGCACGUAGCAGUGCGUGGAAGUUCCGCAUGCAGUCUCAGCAAAGAACGGAUGUGAGCGCAAUAGACAGUCAUGUAAUCCAGAAAAAUCUUGGCAGCAACAUGUAUUUAGAACACAUGCGGUUCGUACAGAGCAUCCAUGAACUGACCCGCAGUGACCGCAUUGUCUUGAUGCUGCUGUUUGUGAUUGAUCUCAUGUCUUCAGAUCGGCCCAAUCUUAGCAACCAGGUGGUAGUGUCCAAGGCACAGGAAAAGUUCUCUAUGUGGUUAAAAGCUUACUUGGAAUCUAUCUUAACUGUGGGUGAAGCUCGGCAUGUAUACCCAAAAUUGCUCAUGAAGCUACUGGACGUUCGCAAUCUCGGAGAGGAGAGUUCACAACUAGCUGCUAAGCUAGACAUUUCCAAGCUGGAACCACUUCUAGUUGAGAUCUUUGAUCUCAAGCAGUAACUGUUGGACUUAGUAUUGUGUAGGCAAAAGAAACCUUUCUGGUUGUGAUGGGAUAUGACUGUUUUGGAAUACCAGGUGAAAUCAUGACUAUUGCUUCUGACCUGGUGCUUCAAAAUGAGCAACUUCGAGGAAGACUCCGGUGAAUUGACGUCUCCAUUUCACGAAGUACUAUGAUGUUUGGAUACUGCGGCUACUUACUGACUGUUCAAGCUAUUCAAGAAGAGACAUGGAAUUCAAAUAGUUCACAUGUCAUCAUUGUACACUAUCAGGUUGUCCUCUUUGAUGCUUUGGAAACCUUACCUGUUUGAAAUUAUUUUUAAGCCAUCAUAUAAGAUUCUUCCCAUCCAUUACAUCUAAGUAAGGAGACAGUGGCAUAAAAAGAACAGUUUUUUUUUUAAUUUGGCUAGAACAUGAACAUGUUUAUAAGUACUAGGUUUUGGUUAUGGUUCUGACAUUUCCUCUUAGCAGGGUUAGCAUGAGCAAUUAAUUUUGUUGAAGUUACUUUUUAGGUUUCAUGUUAUUGAAGAAUUGCAUACUCUACCACACUGUCACAAAUAUACAGCUAAUCAGGAUUUAGGUUGUGAAAAAGUAACACUCUAAAAAUAAAAACUGAUGUAAUGGUGUGACAGGCUAGCAGCUUAGAUGUGCAGUAUAAAACACAACUCAGUGCAUGCUUUUGUGCAAGCUAGGGGACAAAGUUUCUAAAAUGCUUACAUGGCAUUGUUACAACCCCUCAUGAAUUGGAACAGGUCCAUAUUUUUCUAGAGAUAGUAAAUAGAUACAUUUAUAUAAAUUACAGGCAUCACAUACAAAUCUUUAAAAAAAAAAUUCCAAAUUGUGUGGCAGAAAAAGAAGUUUCUCCUUUUCCAACAAAAUUACAAAGUAUUUUUAGACCAAAGGAUAUCUUCAUGAAACUGAUCUUAAACGAUACUUUAGUAUAUUUUUUUAAAGCUCUAUAGUCCUUUGCAUAUAUUUCUGUUAGGAGCUUUUUUCCCCUAAAAAAUUGUAAUUUUCUUGGGUUUCUUCUUUUUGUUUUUUUUUUUUGUUUUUUUUAUAUUUUGUAUUUUUCAUGGUGCUGUUGCAUUGUGAGACACCUGAGCAGUGUGGAUAUGCUAGAAAGAACUUAUUGGUUAGUUCCUCAACUUGGAGUCAAGAAGAGAACUGGUUAAUUUGUGGUGACCAUGCAUUGUGAUAUUACUGCCCAGGGUCCAAAACAAUAAAAAUCAAGCAAUUUUUAAGAACACCUUUAAAUGUAAUUUUUUUUUUUUUGGACACAAUCUACUUGGUGACUGAUUGGAUUAACAAGUUUCGUACCAUUUUGAACUAGUAGAAUCAGCAGAGAAGGGGCUACAACUGUGAUGGCAAGCUUUCCUUGCAUGCUCAUUGUGAUGAAUGUAUCUGUUACCAAUUAUGGCAAGACUGCACACUUGCUACUUUUUUGCCAUGCAAACAGAAAAGAAAAUGAGUGUUUAUUUUGUAAGCAAGUCCUGUCUAAGCUAGUCUAGUGAACUUUGUAAAUGCUGGAAGGGACAUUGUUGGAAAGGCUAGGGGACUGAAGAAAGUAACAUACAAAUAAAAUGAGCCAGAAAGUCUUGUCAAUAAAGCAAGACUAAGGUACAACUAAAAUGAGCAAAACAGGGUUAUCUAAUCUUGUUCCAGAUUUUAGGAGCAUUAGUUGUGCUAGACAAGCCUAUUAUUUUGACUAGAUAAUCCUUCUCUUAAACAGCACCUUCAGUUCCUUCAAGAUUAGCUGUAUUCUUGUGAAACUUAUCUUUUCUACUCAGAGUUCAUUACCUUUCUGUCACUUUUGUCAUAGCGAACAUUAGGAGGAAGUGGGGCCUUGGGCAAAUAGAAUUGCAGGACCUUUGGACACUGGCACAACUUACAUAGCAGGGCAAUAAAAAAUUACGGACUGUCUCAUCCCGACAGUGCACUUGUUAGCGGGGGCCUCUGCUCGCCUCCUAGCGCCAGCUCUGCUUUUGUGCUUUUCUUGUUCAGGUGUAUUUAUGCCUUAUUUAGAGAAGCAGACCAGGUCUGAUGAAAUGAUGAAAGUUGCUGAUCAAUUUUUGGCAUUCAGCCUGUCAGAACCCAGUCUGGCAGUUUUAAAGAUGUUGAUUCUCUGACUAAACAGUAAGAAAAAAAACCCCAAUGUGAAAGCAGCAUUUAGAUAUGUUUCAGUCUAGCUAUUGCUUCAUAUCAUCUGUGAGUUUCACCUUUUUCAUUUGUUGCACCAUUCAUUUGUUCCUGUCAUUUAUUAGUGCUAAGACCAUGACACUGAUGUUGUGGCGGAGUACUAUUCAAAUAUACAUCAUUAUUAAUCUAAAUUUAACUAUUCUGCAAAAAACAGUUUGGGAAAGCAAUAUUUCUUUGUAGUCAUACAUUCUCUUGUUUUCGGGAAUCUUGUGAAUAUUAAGCUGUUUAUUUUAUCUAAUACUUUUAUACUUUCUUCAUCAUCAUCAUCAUCAUCAUCAUCAUCAUCAUGAAAUUGUAAAGUGGCAACUGCCGCCCUUUAGAUGGCUUAAAAUUUCAUUGCUUCUCUUCAGAUGGCAAAAAGAAUGAGUAAUGUAAGAGAGGAUCCAGUUUUCCCACUCUCUUUUUGUUUCUUUAAUUUCAUAGAAAUCCAGAUGACGUGUUUGGUAGGUAUAGACAUAGCCUGACAACCAAAAACAUACAAAAGAAAGUUCUGUACAUCAAAUAGGAUAAUAAUAGUAAAGUGCUCAUGAGCAGAAAUACAAAGACUGCAGAUUGAUAUGUCAUGUUCAGUUUAAAUUUAAAAUACCACCUAGAUUUUUAACACUGCAAUCUCCUGCUGAAAUUUUGUUACAGGGCACUUAAAGCUUAAAGAUUUCAUGUGAUGAAGGUUCAUGCAGUUGUGUCACUGUUGCAUCAAUUCUAUGAUUUCUCCAGCACAACCAUUGUUACAAACAUUGUUGGUAUACUGUAAAGUAGUCUGCAGAAGUGGCCAUCUUUCCAUGGUGUGCAUGCUGGAAUAACUUCAGCCACUCAAAACAAUAUCAUAAAAUGAUAAAAGAUUGAGAAAUAUAAUAUUUUGUGUAAGAAGUCAUAUAUUUGCUUUACAGUACACUGGACGAUUUCCUAUAUUUUAUGCAUGUGUAUCCCGGUGUCUGGGAAUAGCUGUUCAUUAUAUUGGUGUACAUUUAUAUGAAAGAGAUAAGAGACAGAUUUGUCCAUUGUUGUUGAGUGUAACCACAGUGUUACGGUGUGAUGUGCAUGGAGUGGGGCUUGUUCAGGAAUGGUGGACUUGCAUGGACUUGCAGUUGUAACCCACCUAUUGUAGACAGGUGUCAGUAUACUUUGUCUGCAGCUGACUUUGCUCAAGUUUUGUUCUAGAAUGGCUGGAGUGAGUGCGGGGGUCAUGUUUUCUUCCAUGUUCCUUUGCCACUUCCCCUUAAUUUUCUAAUUCUUUUGGUCCAUUUUGUUGUCAUAAAGAUAGACUUUGGAUCCUAAGACCUCGUUGUUUUUCUGUUACAACACUUUACAGAUGCUUCCCAGACUAGCUGUUUUCCUCUCUCUCUCUCUGUCAUUUUUACACAUUUAUUUGCUUUUUAUAUAAAUAUGGCCCUGUUGGUGAUUCAAGAUCAUUUAAUAUGUUGAUUUCCCUUUCUUUCACUUCUUUCUCUCCUCUUUGAUACCAAAUAGUAUUUUAAGUAAUUAGUAGUUUUUUAGUAGGGAUUUGAUUUUUUUCCCCUCAUAUUGAUGUGUACUUUUCACAUUAAUUCUUUUUGUACUGUCUCUGUAUCGACUUUUUGUUAUUAUUGGUUUAAUUGGUUAACAUUCAAUCCCCGUGACAAUACCAAAUAUGAAAUUAACAGAUUAUGAUGCUCUAGUGUGUUUGCAGCUAAAGGACAAUGGUUGGAAGUGCCAUAUGAAUGUAACAUUUUAUGUAUGUUUGUGCACAGAUGCUGACCAGGCAAAAGAAGUCAGCUUUUGGCUAGCUUGUAUGUUUGAUCAUCACCAAUUUCUUGCCUUGUGCUUUGUGAUGUUACCAGUGGGUCAGUGCCUGUUCAUCAGCUUUGUGAUGCUUUAUAUUUUCAUUGGAGUCAGCUUUCAUUAUGAGAAUCUCAAUUUAAUGCAUAGUCCAUACCAUCCUCCCCAACCCACCCUCCCUUACGAAGUGUCAUGAAGGUAUGUGGCAUGGACAUUGCUGUGCAAACAUCACUUGUGAUGGAUUUUUUUUUUAAGAGUUUUGUAAAGCCAGUAGCAUUGUACUGUUUUGAAAAAUGAAAAAUUUGCUUUUACUACUGCUUACCUGAUGUAUUUAUAUUUCUGGCAAAACUAUCAAAGAUUCCAGUAUGAUUCAAAAUGUCCCUCACAAUAUUUUUGUUGUCAUUAUUUUGCUAUCAACAUUCCCCCCUCCACCCACUGUCUUUAUUCUUUCCAUUGUAGUAUAAAUCAGGUGGUUCAUAUUUUAUUAAAAAAAGGAAGUUCUGGCUGGCAUUAAAAAAAACUUGCAUGCACUGGCUUUAUUUUUUUAGACAUUCACAUUGAUUUUAUAGUAAAUUUAUUGAGAGAGUGAAGUCAGCUAGCAAUCUUUAAUUUAGUUUAGCAGUUUUUUAGUUUUAUUUUAAAAAGAAAUGAUAAGUUGAGUCAAUCACAAAAAGCUGCCACCUGUCAUAAUUGUGUAUUUCAGUGUUUGGAUAGUCUUGGAUUAUGUUUACAAUAGCUAAGAACCCAGAAGAGUUUUGUCACUAGUGUGGUAGCUAAUAGAGUGAAAGCAAAGGUGAGGGUUUUUUUGUAAUCCAAAUAGUAAUCGGAGACUGUACACACGUUCUUAGUGUGCGCUUUCUCAAAGUUUUUUUUUUAUUGUUUGUUUUGUUUGUUUUUUUCUGAUAUGAAAGAGUGUUUUUGUAAGCAGCACAUACAAAAUUGGUCUCAUCAUUCAUUGUUUUACUAGAAAAACGUUUAAUCAGGAAUAAUAACACCAUCAGAGGUAGAGGAGUUUGGAAGGUCAUUGUGCUAGAAAUUCUUUGUUUUGUCACUGAUGAACUUCAUGCUAAAUAAUAGGUUUAUUAUAAUUUAUACACUUUGUACUAAACACAUCUGCUAAACAAAGACCGCCUAGACUGCAAAACAUUAUGGGGAGAUGUAUUUACUUUGAAACAGUGAGGUACAUGCUAUAGUGUCUUCAUAUUAAGUCUGCAUGCUACUUUUGAAAAAUGCUUUUGCUGAUGGUCUAGGCAAUGUCUGGUAUUGGUGGUAGGAGACAAAUGUUUCUUGCUUGAUAUUUGUUAUAAAAUGACUACCUCCUUUGAAAAUAACCUUCAGUGACUGCUGUUACUAUUAGUGUUUGGUAAAGGCUAGCUAGAUGAUGACCAAUGCAUCAUAAAUACCUGUAGGUAUUUUGGUGUGUCAGUCUUAUUUUGUUGUUCAACGAUUCACUUAGUCAAAGAGAAUGAUUUUACUGCCACCAGGCUCUGGCUGUUUUAGAUGCACUGGGUAUAGUGGUGUGCAGCAAAGAUAUUCACAGAAUUAUAUUUAAGGAUUUGGCCAUUUUUCUGUUCCCAUGUCAGAAGGAACAAAACAAGUGCUAGUAAUAAAGCUGCAUGGAAAUCAAGAGAAUCAGUGAAAUAUCUUCUUCAUGUCAUUCCGCUGUCUGAAGAUGAUAAUAAUAUUGAGGAUUUAUAUAGCAUUUGCCCAAUGAUUUUCUCAGAGCGCUUUACAUAAAUAAUAUACAGACUGAAUCACCAACAGCCAUGCACCCAUAUUUGCAUAUAACGGACAUGCUAACUUCUACUACAGACACAUGCUCAUGCACAAAGUAAAUUACAGACACACAGUAUGCAUGGGACACAGUGAAGUCGCCAUUCUGAAAAGAUGUGUUAUAGAUGAGACUGUUAAUUAUUACAUCUUGCAUUUGCUAGUCAUUUGCUAACAGUCAGCAGUUAGAAAGUUUUCUUUGAGUGUAGAGAUAUGCUUGGUACUUGGUGCAAGAAAAAAGUAAGUUGUUGAAGGGCCUGUGAAUUAAGUAGUUUGCUCUAAAUUCUAGAAAAACAUGUGUUUGGUAAACUGGCUGUUUUGAGCUUAAAAAUGUAAUCAAACAUCAGAGUUACCAAGAGUUAUGUGGGAAGAUAAGAAUGUGGAGGUUGACAAGAGCUCCAUACAUCAGAAAAAAGAUGGAAAGACUAUUAGUUUCAUGGUGUUGCCAGCAUUUAGCACAUGAAUGGAGCUGUUGAUGACACAGAUUCGGGGGGAAAUGUUCUAACAGCUGAAAUUUUCUUUAACACAGUUUAGCAAGAAUCUGGUUUUAUUUCAUAAAACAAAUAAAAUAUUUAAAACACAAACAGUACACUCAACAGCACAAAUAUAUAAUUGUUUUGAAGUGAAGGUCAUAUAUCAGCAGGAGCUUCUGAAGUCAAUUGCGAAAAUGAGAUUAUUGAGACUGCAGGUUUAUGGAUAAAAUUUUCUUAGCUAUCAAGUCUCCGCAAGAAUGCAUCAUCACUGCAGGGAUCGUGUAUUGCAGCUGUUCAGCUUGAGACUUGAAGAAAUAUCAGAAGCUGAUGCUAUCACCAAAUAGGCUUGUUUUUAGAUUGAAAACUCAUAGCAUGAAUUUUUAGUGUCUGUUCAUUCCACACAAUGUGUUUGGCUAAUCAUUCAACUGACAUUCUGAUUCUUCUUGCUCCUUUGGCCUAAUGUUGACUCAGUUUUUAUUGGCUUAACGCAUCUAUGUUAUAAACACCAGGCUGAAUACAUAGAAGAGAAAUGAAGAGGCAGAUGACAAGAUAGUUAAUACUCUGAAUCAUAUUUGACUGCAUAAUAAGGGCCAGUAAAGCUACCCUGGACAUCAAGCUUGAAUUGUAUCCAGGUAAUACCUGGAGCUAAUGUGUUAACACAGUAGUGUUUCAAUGUAAGUGAAGGUACAGAAAUAUAUGCUACAUGUACAUAGGCCAGUGUGAUAGCAGAGGCCAUUUACAUCAGAGUAUUUCACCACCUAGAAAGGCACUUCCUUCAAAUUUAUUUCUUAUAUGUCACAUUUGAGUUAACUAGCUAAUGUCACAACUCUUGUGGCCUUUAGGCCACGGGACCUCUCCUCUACUGUUAUCGAUCUAAUCUCACCUUGCUACAUUGGGCAUUCUUAUCAUCUAAGUAUGUCUAGCUACAUCUGAAAAAGAAUUUAUUUGAAAUUGUAAAACAAUAAAAAUGAAAAUACAAACUAGCAUUUAAAAGUAUUUGCGGUUAUCCGAAAUGUGACCUGCUACAGCGUUUUUAACUUUUGUUAAUGUUGUUCGUAUUACAAAGUUUCAUCCGUAAGAGGCUAAACCAUCUUGUGCCUAGUCAUGCCGGUCAGUUCUUUUCAAGGGAGACAAUUUGGUCUCUCCCCUUCCCCUACAUAAUACAUGCAUGUGAGAAUAGAAAAUCGAGGUAUUUCUUAUUUGCUUGGCUGUAUUCUACAUAUUAACACCUCACAUAUGGGAUUUUGCAGUACGACAUUUAAUGUUUUCAGAUACAUUACUUCUGUAAAUAGUGAUAAUACUCGCCACUAAUUGUAUAGUCAUAGCCUUCAAUCAGGAACAAUAAAUCCAACUCUAUGUUUAUGCUGCUGACUCAUUUUUGCACCAUGCCUCAGGAUAAGUUAUGAAGUUUCUGCUGUUGGGGUAUGAUCAUUUAUUAAUGGGCACCAUUUGAACACAUCAACACAUGAUGAAUGAGUCUAAGAUACAGAGAACUUGCUUUAUCCAAGCACUCUUUCUCAGGAUUCUUCAAAUUGUCUUUGUUUAAUAAGCAGACCUCAGUAUGCUGCUGUGCAGCAUGGUCUGUCCUACCUGCAAGCUCACUCUACUCCUGUUCUUUUUCACUGCUUGGUUUUUUUAUCUUGUUCUUGAGACAUCUCUGAAAAACUUGAUUGUCUCACACCUGGCCAUUCCAUAGGUUGGUGGUCUGUAUGAACUAAAGAUUACAGGCUGCAGUGAUUGGCUGUGUAAGGAUUGAUUGGUAGCUACCUAAGCGAAGCAUGAAUUAGCUAAUAGAUUGAAGAAACCCAUGUGCAGAUCAGGUCAAGGUUGUUGGAGUUCAGAAGUGGAAUAUCUGGAUUGUGUUAUUUUAUUUUGCACAUAUCACAGAGAAUUUUCAUACAUUGAUCAGGGUUGACCAGUAUCCAAAAUUUGACAAAGUGGCACAUGGUUCUGAUAUGUGUGAACAAGAAGGAGCAUCUCGCUGGUCAUCAUUUUCACAGUUCUGAAGAUGUUUUUGAGGCAUCUGGUACAGUUAAAAAUGAUGCAUUAUUCCUCACUUUUUCUUCUGUCCAAACAGUGUGAAAAAGUACACAGACUGUGGUGUCGUAACUUUUCGGUUACAUACAACUAAUAACAUAAGUGUGCUGAUUUCUCUCUUAAACUGUUGUAUAGUUUCGGUGUAUACUGUACUUCAGAGUUACUAUAUGAAAAUGUGGUGUGCCAUAAAUAAUGUACAGAUAUCAAAGCUGUUAAAUGUGCUAACCAGUCAGUCACAGAUCAGCUAUGCCUGUCUUUCAGUUCAGUCUAUUUAGAAAAUACAUAAGGAUUUUUUUCUUGACUGUCUUGCUAUGAGAAUCUUUAUUCCUUGUUGUGGCCUUAUGAAAAUGCAUUACCAGAUUAUCAGGAAAAGAAAGACUUUUGUUGGUAUUAGUUUUGUUAUUUCAUAUUUGUUGAUUUUUUUAAAAGUAUAUAUAUAUUCAGUUGUGUUAUGUGAUUGCUUUCAUUUCACUGGUUUGUGCUCACAGAGGGUUGUGUUGACCUGUGCACAGUCCAGUUCACAGGCUGCACAGUGAUUGGCAAGGAGUGGAGAUCAUCCAUGUAAGCGUGUGACUGGGGACCUUUUGUAAAUUUGCCUUGUAUACUGUGCCUCUGAUUUGUUUUAUAGUGAAGAAUGCUGGCAAAAUCUCAUAAUGAGAUUAUCUGUGUUGACAAAAUUGGAGACUGAUAUUGUUUUUGCAAAAUUUAAAAAAUUAUUGCAGAAAGCGUCAUGUUUAUAAACUUAUUCAUCUUGGUUGAGACCCUCAGAGCGAUAGUAGAUGAGGAGAAGAUUUUUUUCAUUAACUGUGCUUCUCUUUUGCCUCGGCUCAUGGCAGCAUUAUCUACCUAUGUUAAAAUGCCCAUUUAUGGACCAUAAACACCCAUUGUAGCCAGACACAUUAUGGGAAGGAAACUGGGAGCUUUUGAAAUCUUCUGGCUCAAAAAGUAAGAGAGGAUAUGUGGCAUUGUGCACUCCUUACCCACAUAUGUCAUACAAUAAAUAUGAGGCAUUAACUAUCUAAAUUAGGACAUUAAGGCAGGCUACAAAUGUUUUAAUUGAAAUUCAUCUCAUGUUUGAUUGCAGCAUUAGUCUUUCUGUUGUUUGGCAUCCAGUAUUUAUCUUAUGGUAAUCAAUAAAAAAUAGGAUUUCGUUGACAUCAUGCAAAAAAGGUUCAAAGCAAAAAAAGAUUGUUUUAUUAAGAGAAUUCCCACAAAUAUUGUAUGCUAUAAAAAUCUAGGCAUGUUCUGUCUUAAGGCUUCUUUUCUGUGUUGAAGAAUCUUUGUAAUACAGUUAUAAUACAGUGCUAUUCUGUCAUUUUGUUUAUUUCAAAAUAACAGGAAACAAUUCUGAGCUUUCUAAAAGUUGUCUUGAAAAUGCCAAGCUGUUGAGAACCAGUGUUGUUUGUACUAUGAGCAAAGUACUAAUGUGAACAAUUAAAAGACAUUCUUGAAGAAAGCUGAACUUGUACAACUUUGAGAGCUUACUUUGUGGCAUGGCAUACAUUAAUUGAAUGCUUGAUAAAGUACAAAAAUAAAAUUUAAAAAAGAAGAUGAAAUGACUUCCCAUUGAGAUUGUAGUUCUACCUUGUUUUCCUAAAGCAUCAUUUCUAACCCAUUGUAGUGCGGUGGCCGUUUUUGUCAGGUGUGCAUCACUCAUCAGGAAAGGAGAAACAGUAAGGAAGGGCACAGAAGGGUUCUGAAACAUGCUUGCAUGAUACUCGAGGCUUAUCCAUUCGUGCCUGCAUCAGCAAGGGUACGUCUGUUAGAAAUGCUGUAUAUACAUGAUGGAGGUGGAUGUAGAUUACUCAUUUUAAAAUAAAGUUUCGGGAAAUGCAAUAUCUAUUAAAAAGUCCUUUAUAUGUCUCUGUGUUUCAAAAAGAAAAUCAAGAAGCACAGUGUAAGUGCCUAAGGACCUAUAUUAGGGAGGUUUUCUGUCCUUAGAAUGUCCAGUGGUGGUAGUUAUGAAAGAGGGUGAUUCUUGGCCCUGGGGCAACAUAAGGAACUCAAGGACAAGGGCCUUGUUUCCAAAAUUAUAAAGUGGUUUUACUUCUGGAUCCAUAGUUAUAAAUUGGUAUCAAAUGUGCCGUGGGGUAAAGAAUCAUAAAGUGUUGCCCACAGUGUCUGGACAUAGUUUAAUAACUUCGGAAAAGAGAUGUUUUCCCUUGAAUUCCCCAUUUUGCCCUGGAGAAAGGACAUACUCUCGCUUCACAACUACCAAUCGAGGAGGCUCAAGGUUUUCUUAUCCUACAGGUAAUUAACCAAAGUAAAAAAAAAAAACAAAAACAAAAGAAAAAUCAGGAGAUGGGAAGGUUCUGCCUUCCACAUCCUUUCUCCUGAGAUGGUGAACCACUGCCAGGUCUCUACUGGACAAUAUCCGUUUUUUGUUUGUUUUUUGUUAAUGAUAAUUCUGUUCAUAUGUUAUUCUUUGAGAAACAUGGUUCAUAGAGACAUAUCUUUGCUAAUAAAUUAUACUGAUAAGUGCUGUCUAGAAUGAUUUUCUCUUAGAAACAAGUUGACAUGCCAGAAUAUUGUGAUCAGAUCUUGUAGUCAGUGUUCCUUGCAAUCAUAAGAAGUGACAUUCUUGCUUACAAUGUGAAAGCAAAGGACAAUACUGUAUUAUUUAAAACAACAAAAUUCUUGAAAUCUAUUAACAGCAGAAUGAUUUGUUUGGACACCAGCUUGCAGACCUUCAUUUGUUUCUGAAAUGAGAGAAAGAGAUUAUAUGAAGGACUACCUUCAGUGAUAUAAAGCAAAACUGUUCUCUUUGUGGAAUUGCACAUAUGGGUUGGGAAGGACUGAAGCCGUCCCAGGAAGAAAUAAAAGAUGAUCAAGGCCUUCAUCUACAUGCUGAGAGUCUGAUUAACAGUUUUUCGAUCAGACAUUAACUAGAGGAUGGUAGAAACAGUUAGCUGCCUUUGUCACCUUUACCUUUGCUGAAUUCCUUGAUGCCAGCAUGAAACUUACCUGCUGAUGCAUUUUUAUAACACAGCUUAAAGCAAGCUGAAAGCUAGAAAUGUUCUUGAAGCCGCUAUUAUGGGUGGACUACAAACUGUCUUAUUGUCAAAGGAUUUUGAUGUUAUCACCAUGACAAUACAUAUAAUUAUUGAAGUUUGUUUUUUUCUGCAUGUUUUAUAGAUGUGUAUGUGUUUCACUAGUCUUUCUGUUUCAUAAUGCAUCUGAAAAUAGGCUACAGCAUUCAUGACAGUUGAUGUAGGCAUAUGAAGUAGAAGUGCUAAAACUUGAAAAUGCAAAACAUUCAGUUUUGUUACAUAUCAGCAGAUGGCCUGCAGCAUUCACAACUGUUGAUGUAAACAUGAAAAAGUGCUUGUUUUGGAAAUGUGAAACAUUCAGAAAGUUGGAUUAUAUGUUUAUGAGUUGAUCAUUCCUACUCAGUUUACUAACUGUGCAAUAUCUGCUGAUUUCUUUUUGUUGGUGCAAAUUUUGAUAUUUGAUGUGUAAAGACCAGUGCAUCUACUUGGUUUAGUUUGCUAAAUAUGUACACAAGUUGUUUCUUCAUUGUCAUAUAACAAAAGGAUUGAAAUUUUACUCAUUGUACACAGGUGUGCAGGCAGAAAAUAGUCCGUGUUCCUUAUUUUCAAGUUUAUUUUAGCAUCCCAAGAAGACUAAUAAACGCUGCAACAGUACAUGAUCAGAUUGCAAGCCCAAUUCUUUACACUGGUAAGAGGUUGAGGCGUGUAGUGCUGUCUGGCAAGACUAGUGUACAUCCUAACCCAGUGAAAACUGGUAAGAUGUGGCCGUAACUCUUUCAUGCCACCAGUCUGGGGAUGUUUUGAUAUGCAACAUCCUCAACUUGGUGAGUAGCAGAGAGAUUUUCUGUUAGUAGCAGCAAACCUUAUUUUGGGAUAAGAGGUGGCAAAAUUUCCUGCAAUACAGAUCUGGCGUCUUGGAUAAAAUGAAAUAUUGCUGGCUUAAUGUUAUCAAAAAGACUGUUUUUACUCAUUUUUCAAUAUUAAUCAUUGCUUCAGAUUUGUGUAUGUGUUUAAAGAUUGAUGCAUUGUUAUGAUCCUGAGAUGUAGUGGCACAUUUGCAGCUGGUUUCAAUGCACAGAAAACUAAACAUGCAUCUUACUCUCCAAAAAUAAUUACCUCCCUUCUCAUCUCAACUAAAUAAUUACCAUAGUGUAUACACUUGAACAUUCUUAUACAAAGUAUUAUUAACGCUAACGCCACAUUUUGAAGGUUAAUUAUGUUUGUUGAUCUUACAGUGGCGUAAGUCCUGUACAAAGUCUGCAUUUAUUUUGCAUGCAACUUUUGCUCAAGUUGAAGAAUAAGUUGCAAAUGUUGACAUAGUUGAAAUCAUUGUUGGCCAGAUUUCAUGCUCAGAAUCUUCCAUCUUAAAUCUGCCUGCCAUGUUAAUUCCUAUCACUCAAGCACUUUGCAAAUUAUUCUCCAUUUGACCACAUUAUCAUGACUACAUAAGAGGAUGGCUCAGACUUCCCAUGGGGAUAAAACCCACAAGAAUUCUGUUGUCUCUAGAACACCUUCUUGCAUGCUUUUUGUUACAGGACAAGGUAGUCCAUUCUCCUACACACCAUAGGUGAGUUUGAUGGUCACCAGUGUUUACUCCUACAAUUACCUAACACAGUCGAAAAAUCUUAUUUGAGUAAGGGGUAUGACAUUCUGAUUUUUAUUAAAGCAAUUUUUAUCCUGAGCUAGUUGGGUCAAGUAGUACUGUUGUUGAAAUACUUUGAUUUCAUGCAUGCUUUUUUGAGAUUAGUGCCAAAGUGUGCUACUAGAUAUCAGGCUGUUAAUUGUAUAGCUGCUUUAUAUGUAACAAUUAGGAAGGCCAGAUCUCAAAAGAGUUUGAAAGAAAGUGCUAUGUACUUUAUUGCAAUCCAUCUUUCAACCUUCAAAAUAUACUACAGGUAUCUUUAUAAUUUAUGUAGUUCUUGUUUGCAAUGACCUCCACCCCCAACCAAAACAUUUUUAUAUAAAUUGAUGUAAUAGUCUUGAUGUGAUCUUAAAUAAGCCAGUUUUCAUGUCUUUCAUCAUCCACAAUUCUGAAGUUUAACUAGAAGACUAUGUAUUGUUUAGCAAAUUAUUUCCAGUUAUUUUGGGGUUUUAGUGGGAAAAGGUACAAAAGACAGAUGUUUUUAACAUGCUACUUGUAAAUCAUGAGAUUUAAUAUUUGGCCUUACUGCCUCCAGAAGUUGUUAGGCCUGGACCAAUGUCAGCUGUUGGCAAUUUUUUUAAAAUAAUAAGUCCUUUCCCUGGCAGUUUAACAGUGAUUCCUGUCUACCUUAUGACUGCUGCAAACUUAAAAUUAUUUCACACUUUAGAUACAUAGCUAAGAUGAACUGUAGCAUGGAGGCCUUUAAAUUGUUGUUUCUACUUUUGAAUAAAAUUGCAGACUGUUGCAUUCUACAGAAUUCUCUGUUCAUACAUGUUUUGCAUUUAGAAUCUUAUAGGAAUUUUUAUACAUGUUUUGCAUAUAGAAUCUUAUAGGAAUUUUUUAAUACAUGAAAUCUUAGGAAAAAUGGGAGUUAAAAAAGAAGUGAAAAUCUAAAUAAAACAAAAAGCAUAGUGGUAUCAAGAACCAAGGUUUAGAGACAUGACCUUGCUGCACUUUUCCACUUAGCUAGCCAGAGAAACAACAUGCAAUCAGGACAGCUUGGUCUCUUCAUUCCAGUCCCCAAGGUACAACAGCUUUUAAUUCCAGAACAGAUUUAAAUAUGGCAUUAUAAAGAAGACAUGCAUGCAUAUCUGGACCUUAAGAGGAAUAUGUAUACUAUUGUACUCAUAAAAUUUGUUUUCGGAUUACAUUCUUUCACAUUGUGCCAUGAAUUCAUUAUUGAAUAAUGUAAAUAAUUUACAACGAUGUGUUAUGGAGUCUUACUUUCAAGACUGGACUACUGUUGCAUUGUGCUCAAUUAAAAGUAGAUUUGGUGUUUAAUCUUGUUUCUAUUGAAAGAUACAAAUAACUAUGAAUAAAAACUGAAACCACAGAAACAUCAAGAAACAAAACUUUAUUCUGACAUUGCUGGAAGAGUAGUAACAUUCACAAGACAAGCUAUAUAAUCAGACCUUAAUCUGUACUUUCUCAUCCUCCCAGGAUUCUGCUUCAAGUUUUACAAAAGGAAAAUGAUUAGUAAAGCUAUACUGAAAACUGAUGGCCAGCACCAAUUGAACAUACCAGAAAACAUGAAAUCACGAACAUCUUACAACAAGCAGCAAAAAGUUAUUUCGCGGGCAUGAGAAAACAUCCUCACAUUAUCUCUUAAAAUAUACUGUCCAGUUUCUGCAGGCAUCAUUUGGUUUGCACAUAUGGCAUAUACAGCAUCCACAGUUAAUUGCUAACAAUAGCGGACUUCUAUUGGGUGCAAUUGAUGCAUACAGGAGAGUGAAGACUUUGAAAAAAAAGGAG